AUGCCCAAAGAAACAUUGAAAGCGGAUCUAGAAUUGGUUGCCUCACCGCAAGCUGCUUCUUAUAUUGGUUCUGUGCCGGUUGAGUUACAUCGGAGACGCUUCGUGUUUAGCAUUAGUAUUCAUCCUUAG